AUGCGGCGGAACUUCCGCCUCAUCUCCUCCAAACUCGAACCGCAUGGAUACUGGGUGUUGGGCGACAUCAUGGACGGGGGUAGGGAAUGGGGCAGUUCUCGGUAUGAGUCCGAAGCGCAACGUGUCAAGAGCGUUUUUAAUGUCAGGGAUGGCACGCCGAUAUUUUGGGCGGCCGGGAACCAUGACAUUGGGUUUGGGGAUAAAGUGAUACCUGAAGCAUACGACAGAUACAGAGCUGUGUUUGGAGAACCCAAUUAUGCCGUAGAAGUGGCAAACCAUACGCUCAUCGUGCUGGACACUGUGAGCUUGAGCGGGCCCGCUGGAACAAGACCUGCUGAUGCCGCGCUGGACUUUCUGACUGACUUCUCAGAAGGAGAAUCAUCAUCGAACCCGCGCAUUCUAGGCACGCACGUUCCCUUAUACCGGCGUGAUGACCACGACUGUGGGAAACUAAGAAGGAACCCGCCGAUGAAACAAGGACGGGGUUAUCAGUACCAGAAUCUUGUCGUGGAAUCGUUGUCAAAGCACAUUCUGGAGAAGAUAAAACCUUCGCUUGUGUUGUCUGGCGACGACCAUGAUUGGUGUGAGAACGAACACACGUUUGAAAGCGGGACCGCGAAGGAAUAUACUGUUGCCACCUUCUCUUGGAUGCAGGGCAACGUCCACCCCGGCUAUGCCCUCCUAACCCUCCUCCCCUCCCACGCCGCCCCCCACCCCACAACUCCCACACAAACCUUCGCCCUGGCAACCUGCCCCCUUCCCCCCCAAAUCCCCGUCUACAUCUGGUACGCCUUCCUCGCUCUCAUCACGCUCCCCCUCCUCCUGCACUGGACGUACCGGCAAGUCUGGGCCGAUGCGCCGUCCUAUAUCCAGAUCCCGAUGUUCUCGUACGGCAACCAGCGCGGGGAAUUCCUACGACGGAGUGCGCGGAGGAGGAGUGCGAGGCUAAGCGUGGCGAAUUCGAGGGGGAGGGGGGGUGGGGGGGUUGUGGCGAGGGUGUGUGCGAGGGCGCCGGGGUUGUGGAUGU